AUGGGACUCGUGGAACACAUUCAUCCUGUUUUGGCAGAACUCGAUUAUCGAAAGGGGACUGUGAAAGCUACUUUCAUUUUCGGUUCCUUUCUCUUCUUCUCCGUCCUUUACGUCCUGACGGGUAUAAUUUCCAUGGCAACGUGGACUUAUCGAAACUUACGUGAGAAAGAGAAGAUGUUUUGGAAAUUGGCUGUAGUCCGUGCGGUGUAUGGGAUUUUUUGCACUAUUGUCGGGAUGUGGGCGAUAUUCGUGGACACAGAGCUAGAGAAGGAUCCCGUGUUCGCCACGAAUCCGACGAGUUACUUCGCUCUCACAGUCACUGUCGGGUUUUUCGUGUUUGAAUGCAGCGCCAUCAUGGUGUCUGACAUUGUGUACAGAAAGGUCAGCAUUCUUUUAAACAUUCACCACUGGUUGUCUUUGUUUGGAUACACCACUCUGAUGUUAACAGAGUCUGCGCACUGCUUUGGAACAAAAGGACUGAUUCUAGAGAUGAGUACCCCAUUCUCAGCGAUCUGCUGGACCGUGCUGAAGGCGGGAAAAGCGGAUUCUCUGCUGUGGCGCGCUAACCAGUUUAUUCUGGUUCACACAUUUCACCUGCGCUCAGUGGUGGAGUGUUUUAUGUGGUACCUGACCUACACACAUUGGGAGCGGAUCUGGUCGGCCAUGCCGUUGUCUAUUUUUUCUUUCCUCUAUAUUCAGCUGACCCUCGUGACCUUUCUCAUGACGCCUUACUGGACUUACAAGAAAACACAACAAAUGAUCACCCCCGUGGACUGGAACUUUGAAGACUCCGAGGCCAACAAAGCGCGAAACGGUGCCGUCAAGAAGUCCGCGUAGUUCAUAGAAGACAUUAUUCUCCCAGGGUCAUCGAUCACAUCCGGUUUAA